AUGAACCCAUUUUACCUUUGCCAAACCCGCCCCCCAGGCCCAUCCUUCAUACGAAAAACCCCCUCCACAUUGUCCACCAAACCAGGGACCUUCGAAAUAUUCUUCUACUACCCAAAAGAUCACAACCGUAAGACCCAAAAACCCAUCCAAUACCCCGUCGUAAUCAACUUCCACGCGCUUCAUCUCCCACCUAACCGCCUCGCCCCCGAACACCUCUACCCGGCACCCAUCGAAGAUUGCCUCGACGCCAUCCUCUAUGUCUGGGCUAAUGCGGAGGCCCUGGGGAUCUAUAAGCAUCGGACUAUUCUGACGGGGUUCAGUUUCCUGUUGUGGAAUCUUAUCCAGGACAAAGAUCCCCGGCGCGCCUUGUCCAACCCGGCGUUUAUGGCUAUGAAGAAAAAGCCGGUUUCGUCGCCGAAGCUUGUCCGGGAGACUUUUGACCAGGCUUUCUUCUGGAGGGUUAAGGAAGUGCCGGAUAAGGGGUAUAUGUAUGUCUCUCCUGGGCUUGCUGAGGAGGAGGUGGUUAGGGAGGCGUUACCGGAGAAGAUAUCGUUUAAGCUUGCAGGGUUGGAUUAUCUUUUGGUGGAGGGGAGGGUUGCGGCUGAGCGGUUUAGCGGGCUGGGGAAGAAUGUGGUCUGUAAGGUUGUAGAUGGGAUUGGGGUGCCUCAUUAUUGGGAUCAUACGGCGAAGACGGAGGAGGAGAAGAGGCUACGUGACGUUGUUUAUAGGGAGGCGGCGGAUGAGAUUAAAGAGGUGUGGGAGGUUGCUAAGUAA